AAGAAUCAUAACAAACCCCCCUCUCCCCCAUGGCCCAGCACAAUUCACUGUGAACAUUGCGACUUUUCCAACGUACACUGCAACCUUGCAAAUACAUGUGUACUCAACUCCGGGUAUAUAAGUUCACGGGUUUGCUCUUCUUCAAUCAUUCAACCUGCAAACAUGCAAAUAUCUGGAACCUACAAAGUUGUUAGUUGCGACUAUCCUGAGAAGGAGGCAAGGGCUGUCUUUAACAACCUCAUUUCUGAGGAGGAUCUGAAGAUUCUCCUGUCACCUGACAACUGCAUGAGCUUUACUAUUUCUGACUUUGGGACCGGUUACACCAGCAAAGUCACCUUCAGUAAGAAACCUGAGUUUAAUACGAGCACUGACUACACCUAUGGUAAGGAAAACAUCCUUCCUGCCCCAUUCACUGGAGGAAAAUCCAUUGUUACAAGAAAUGGAAAUGUCAUUGUGAAGAAAGUGACCUUUCCAGAUGUUGUGUACACCUAUGACACUAUUGUGUCUAGCUCUGGUGUCUCCAUAAAGAUGUCAUCAACAAGAGAUGGGUAUAUCUCUACAAGUGUUUGGGAGAAAGUAAAUGCUUCUUUCUGUGGUUUCUUUGUUAUGCAGAACCAUGUGGAUGCUGAUAAGUAUAUGACAGCUAAUAAUAAGAUGACCAAAGCUAAUGCAGAAAACCUCUUGUCCUACGCUGCUGUGAGAAUAACUGAGAAGAAUGGGGAUUAUGAAAUGAUUGAUUGUCUUGGAGAUGGAAGUAAAAAGAGUGUAACCUUCAAGCUUGGUGUUGAGUUUGAGGAUGAAGAUUCCUUUGGACGUACUGGAACUCAUCUGUUCACAAGUAACUCUCCAUCUGAACUAGUUUAUACCUUCAAGGAGAAGGAUACGGGCCAUGUUUAUGUCUUUAGGAACACUGCAACCACUGACCAUCUAACUUGGACAGCAGAGAAAGCUCCUCAUGGCAUCAAGUGCAGCAUCACAUAUCAGAGAUAUGGUGACAUUGAAGGAACUUGGAAAGUCAUGACACAUUCAAACUAUGACAACUUCCUUCGUGGCCUCAGUCUUCCUGAGCCUCUGAUUUCAGCUGCAGUAGAGGAAAGAGAGACCCUAACCUGGAAACAUUUGGGUAAAGGGAUUUGGCUGGAUGCCUCAUCCUCUAAAGUUUUACCAAUGGAGUCGAAGCAUCUUACACCCGGAGUAGAACACUCCUCUGAAAUGAUGGGAAUGCAUGUGACAGAAAUCUUCAACCAUAGCAAAGACGGAAUGUAUGGAACAGUAAAGAUGGGAGAGCACAUAAUUAACUAUAAGGUUGUGGUUGGGAAGGAGUUGGCCCACAUGGAGGAGGAAAUUGUUGGAAAGCCAUUCACAAAAGCUACAAUUAUUUUAGCUAAAAUGUAAGGAGUGUGGUAUAGUAAUUUUUCACACAAUAUUUAACCACAAUUUAUGUAAAAUAUUUAAUCUGUGCACAGCUUUAAUGUUUCAUGUUUAGUUUGUAGCUUAAAAUGUUUUAUCCAUUUAAAAAUAUAAAUACAUAUAUAUAAACUCA